UUCCCAGAAUGCAACAUUUGUCUGACGAUCUCCAGGACUAAGGAAGUGGCCUUUUUAAAAUUAUGAUGAUUUCGUGGCAUUAGACGGGUUAAUUGUAUCUCUUUUUAUUAUUUUGAUCGCGCAUGUGUAAUUGAAGCGUUCCUUUCAUCUCUAUAGAACUGUAUCGAUUAUUAUCCGUCGCAGCCGUUCAAUCAAGAUGACAGUCACCCUUAUCAUUUGAAACUAAUGAAUGAACUGAAAACAUCUGUAUGUUAUACCAGAAACUGGCGGAUUUAACUGUAGCCACUGUUAGUUUAUGAAUAUUGAAUGUACUUGAACAAAGAUCUCGGAAGAAUCGAAGGUAAAUUGUGUCAUUUACGCUAUACAGUAGAAGGUUGCUGCCGGUCGCUCGCGAACGCUUUGAAUACAUGUGCUGUUAGAGGACAAGCCAAUAAAAUAUCAAAUAAAACUAUACACUGCCCAUCGUCAUGGAUUAUAUGCACACGGCCAGAUCAGUGGAGGAUCGUCUUUUGAGCUACAAAAAAGACGAGUCCGGAUGGAAAACAUGCAAGAAAACUAAUGAUGUUGUGGUGGGUUGGAGACCCUCUUGUGAAUUCGCGGGAUAUGUGUAUAAAGGGGAGGGGAUUGUCAAUGGCAGUCCAGAGAAAGUGUGGGACUGCUUGAAACCUGAAAUCAAUGGACUUCGUGUAAAAUGGGAUUCUAAUAUAAAAAAGUUUGAGCUGCUUGAGCAGGUGUCAGCGGAUGUUUUGAUCUGCCGAACCGUCACGCCUUCGGCUGCUAUGGGCAUUAUAUCACCUCGAGAUUUUGUUGAUGUCAUUUCCAUUAAACGCUAUGAGGAUGGCACAGUGUCCUCAAACGCUACCAAUGUAAGCCAUCCAAACUGUCCUCCUCAACCCGGCUAUGUCAGAGGCUUCAACCACCCGUGUGGUUGUUUUUGUGUUCCAGUUCCUGGGGAACCAGGCAAAACGCAGCUGUUCAGCUUUUUCCAGACUGAUCUUGGAGGUUUACUUCCUCGUUCAGUUGUCGAUUCAUUUUUCCCCACCAGUAUGGUGGAGUUUUACAGCAACCUGACCAAAGCUGUAAAAUCGAUGAAAUAGCUCCAGACACUUUAUAGAAAAUAUCCCCCUUUAAUCAUAAAUGUGGAUAUUUUGAUAAUUUGACACACCUUGCAUUUAAUCAAGCUUUAGGUGGGAAGUGAAAUGACCUUAUUCCUGAUUCUUCCAGCAGCUACAGUACCGUGUCCAAACACUUGAACAGACCGUUUUAUAGGUAUAGAAAACGGGAACAUUUUCUUUACCAUGUUUUUUCAUAAAUUCUGAAAACUAGUGAUUCAAAUGAGGAACUAUUGCAAAAAAAACAGACAUUUACACAUAUGCAUUUGGCAGAUGCUUUUAUCCAAAGUGAUGUGCAGUGCAUUCAAAUGACAUUUUAUCAGUCAGUUUGUUUCAGGGGAAUGGUGUGAUCCUAUAAUGUAGCAUUAUGAUAAAUUUGAAAAUAAUUUCAUUCAUAAAUGGCCAAAAAUAACCUAGUAAACAUCGUUUCUACUAAGUUACUGAUUUGUGUGUGUCGUACAAAUAGUGCUACAUGAAGCAAAAGAGAGACUCGCUCACAAUUGAUUUCAAUAAAGCUUAGCAUUAACAUGUGCAGUAACAUGCAACGCUGCUUUAGAUUGAGCUAUCUUAGAAGGCAACAUUGGGUUGCUGCUUACUUUUUGAAACCACUGUCAGGAGCUCGCCUUUGAUGUCUGGCCUAAAUAGGCAGUUCACUAGUUUUUGGAACAAAGCCUUCUUUUAAUAAGCUGUUUUUAGAAUUUCAGUCAAAUAUUUGAUGUCAGUUGUCUGAGUUUAAAGAUUGCAUUUUUAUUUGAAUAAUUGAGCUCUUGAUAAAUGCUUGAGUUUGACAGUUAAAUCACAAGUCUGAAACCCAGUAUUUCUAUAUUUGAAUAGUGAUAUUAUUGCGCAUAACUGGAAUUUUGCAAUUCAAUGUUUACCGACAGACGAGUAUCUUCAGACAUUUGAAGAACUGUAUUUGCUGCUGUUCUCGGUUAGCAUAACUGAGAUUGUGUACUGUAUGUUUGAGGCUGACAAAAGAAGGGCCGAAUGAGGGAUGUUGUGAAAUGAU